GUCUUUUAAAUUUCUGUUCAGAAACCACACAAUCGACAGUAACAAACGAUGACCAAGUGUUCUGAGUAUUUACAGUAAAAUAUCAUCAAAACAACUAAAUUUGACUUUAUAUGAAAAAAUAAUAUGCUAAUAUAAUAUAUAAAAAGAAUGAUACCCGCGUUUACAUAUACUGUUGUUGCUAUAUACAUGUAUUCUGUCAUUUCGCGACAGUCGUGUCACUAUUGUGCUGUAGCACGGUGUUUCGCUUUUGCUCGAAUUAUUUCCGCGAAUUUUGCGCGUCAGCUGGCCUUUGCAGAGACAUGGAAUAGACGCUCCUCUUGAAGCUUGUCAUUUGAUUCUUUUCCUGUUGGAAAAAAAAGUAAAGUUAGUAAAGCCCAACCCCCAUUUGAGUGUAAGCGCGGACGUAGAGUGGUUCGAGAUGUGGACGGGGCAGGAGGGGACGGCGAGAGGCGUUGUAUCGGCGGCGUAGGGGAUGGUGCUGUCGCGAUUUCGGGAUACUUAUAAAAUGAAGACUCAAGCGUCAAGUGCCGAGUGAGCUGUGGACCAAAGGGACGAAAUCGAUUUUCACCGAUAAAAUCACAGAGCGGGGAAACCUAGUUCUUCCUGUUUAAAACUGAAUCUAUAAUCUACUUAUUUAUGGAAAGAUGUGAAACUUCUAGCAUAGAAAAACUACUGCUGCUUAUCGACGGGAGCAAAGGAACGCGUUUUAGUAAUAUUACCCUGGAUGCGGAAUCUUUUAAUGGGAAAUACGCAUCAAUCUUCAGUUUGUGGACCUAAGGAGAAGAGUCACGGUUACGGCUGGGCUGAAUACUCUUUUCCUGCUAUUCUUCUCCACUUCUUUGCACUUCCUGCUUGUGAUGACCGCGGUACCGAACGGCUAAAAAUACAGCGACAGCGGCAGCUCCAAAGACUCACAUUGGGUUGUUUUCAUGGGCUUACUAUAAGUGACUUAUUUUUCUUGGUUAGGAUUUGGGGUGGUGCAGUGAAACCCUCCAGAAAGAAAUGUUGUAGUAUCGAUAUUCUCGGUUUCAGUCGCGACUGUAGACUAAUUGUCAAUUUAAAAUUAUGUAAUUCAGCGCAAAGGAUGUUUCUCGAAAGAACAUUUAGUGUGUAAAUUAUGAUGCCAUUUAAACCGUGUCAGGAGAUUUACUAAAUAUCUGUGUUUAUGCGCUGCCACGUUCGUUUUUAUGUGUUACUUUCUCUUGACAAAUGCUAUGUGGUAUCUAAACGUGCGCGUUCAGUUCUCUGAGUCUGAGUCUGACAUGCUUUUUUUUCAUUAAAUGCUCAUUUAUACGUCCCUGAUGGGCACGUUAAGUGACGUGGAAAGGGACGUGGUACUGAAUGGUGCUUCAUGUACCAUAUUCUAGUAUAGAGCCUUUUGGAUCUCAUAACUACUCUUGCUGAAAGGGACGGGGUACUGGAUGGUGCUUCAUGUACUAUAUUAUCAUAUAGUGCCUUUCGGAUCCCAUAACUACGUACAAUGGAGCCACUGAAGAACAUUUUCGUCCGGCGCCCACUGUCACACUGGAAAGGUGUGGAGCAGUCUGAGCAGGGCAGCUUCACCAACCCAGUGUGGACAGCCCUGUUUGAUUAUGAGGCCGCCGGCAAGGACGAGCUGACGCUGCGCAAGGGCGACCUGGUGGAGGUGCUGUCUCUGGACUCUGAGGUCUCGGGGGAUGAAGGGUGGUGGGCAGGGAAGGUGAACAAUAAAGUGGGCAUAUUUCCAUCCAAUUAUGUGUCGCUGAAGCCGAGCACGUACGGGAAACGGGCCGGCCCCGCUGUGGUGGGAGAGCUAAGCCCGGCCGUGGUGGGCCAUUUGGAGCCGGAUGAGGUCGAUUUCAGUGAGCUGUGCUUGGAGGAGGUGAUCGGGGUGGGUGGCUUCGGCAAAGUGUACCGCGGCACCUGGAGAGGUGGCCUGGUGGCAGUGAAGGCAGCUCGCCAGGACCCGGACGAGGACAUCAGCGUCACGGCCCAGAACGUGCGGCAAGAGGCCCGGCUCUUCGCCAUGCUCACCCACCCCAACAUCAUCACCCUCAAGGGGGUGUGCUUGCAGGAGCCCAACCUGUGCCUGAUCAUGGAGUAUGCUUCUGGUGGCCCCCUGAGCCGGGCCCUGGCCGGCCGGCGCAUCCCCCCACACGUGCUGGUGAACUGGGCAGUGCAGAUCGCCCGGGGCAUGCUCUACCUGCACAGCGAGACCAUAGUGCCGGUGAUCCACCGCGACCUCAAGUCCAACAACAUCCUCCUGGCUGAGCCCAUCGAGAAUGAAUGCGUAGAAAGUAAGACCCUGAAGAUCACAGACUUUGGACUGGCACGCGAGUGGCACAAAACCACCAAAAUGAGCACAGCGGGCACCUACGCAUGGAUGGCACCGGAGGUGAUCAAGACGUCCACCUUCUCCAAAGGCAGCGAUGUGUGGAGCUACGGCGUGCUGCUGUGGGAGCUGCUGACGGGUGAGGUGCCGUACCGCGGUAUUGAUGGCCUGGCGGUGGCCUACGGCGUGGCCGUUAACAAGCUGACGCUGCCCAUCCCGUCCACCUGCCCGGAGCCCUUCGCCCAGCUUAUGGCCGAGUGCUGGGACCAGGACCCCCACCACCGGCCAAACUUUGCCUCCAUCCUCUCGCAGCUGACUGCCCUGGAGCAGGAGGUCAUGGACGAGAUGCCGCAGGAAUCUUUCCACUCACUACAGGAGGACUGGAAGCUGGAGAUUCAGGACAUGUUUGACGAGUUGCGUUCCAAGGAGAAGGAGCUGCGCUGCCGCGAGGAGGAGCUGCAACGCGCCGCCCUGGAGCAGAAGUCGCACGAGGAGUUCCUGCGGCAGCGGGAGCAGCAGCUGGCGCGCUGGGAGCAGGACGUGUUCGAGCGCGAGCUCAGCCUGCUCAUCCUGCACAUGAACCAGGAGAAGCCCAAAGUGAAGAAGCGCAAGGGAACCUUCAAGAAGCACAAGCUGAAGGGCAAGAACGGCGAGAAGAUCAGCAUGCCGCAGGACUUCAUUCACAAGAUCACCGUCCAGGCAUCCCCAGGUUUGGAGAAGAGGAAGAACUCCCAGGACCUCCCCUCUGGCUCCUCCCCUUCCAUUGGGCCCCGCCUUCUUCUGCUCACUCCCAGUGAAAACACCAGGGUCUUUCCCUUAAGCCCUGUAUGGUCCUCAGAGACCUCUGCUAUCAUGCAGGCCAGCUGUGACAGCUGGGCAGGCCCCCAGAGGAGCCCCCAGAGUCCCAAGAACCCCAAGAUUUUACGCCUCAAUACACCUGAGGGCAGUCUCUCCAUGAGAGCCAAGCUUCUGGAGAUGGACAGCAAUGAAACUGGCCGCUUGAGAUCCGACUUCGAGCUGUACAGACCUCCCAGACCUCCCACCCCGGAGUCUGCCCCCAAUGGCUUCUGUCCCAAAGAAUCUCCCAGGAGCGGUCUACCUCAGGGGGAUAUGGGUGGUGAGGGGGGGGGGGCCCUAAACUGGGGCUCUUGGUCUGGGGGUGGUUCCCCUGGAGCAGAACACGGCUCAGUGGGCGGUGCUGAGAAAGGCACCCAUCGGGCCCUGCUGAGCUUGGGCUCCAUGCUGGCCUCUGUGGCCUUGGGCCGCUCUGCUGCAGCCCAGCCCAGAUUAUCCCCCAGGAUCACCCCCCAGCCCCCAGAUUCGGAGGUGUUGGCCCAGGACUCAUCUGUGCUGGACGACCUCAUCAUGUUCUCCCACUCGGGCCCCCUGAACCUGCCCCUACCCUUCCCGGAUCCAGCCCCAGCCGAAGCCCAAAACCCGGCCCUCACGCCCCCCACUCGUCCCUGUGUCUCGUGGGAUCAAAGCUUGGACCUCAGCAGAGGAGCCCCAGCCAGCCUGCACUCCUCUCAGCUCGUGCUGGACCUGCCCCUGUGCCUGGACAGCCUGGCUUCUGACGACCAGACGCCACCUCCUGCCUUGUUCCCUGACCCUCGACUGUGGAGCCCCAAGAGCCGCCGGCUGGAGGUGAGCGUCAUCCCGAGGCCAAGGCCCUCUCCUAUUCGGCCCCGCAUCGAUCCUUGGAGCUUUGUGUCUGCUAGGGGAGCAGGAGUAGGUGAGGAAUCAGCCAAGCCUGAAGGACUUCUGGCUCAUAUACCGAGCUGCCAGCUUUCUACCACAAAUCCCUUCGCAAACUGUGACCCCUUCCCUGCCACAGACUGUGACCCCUUCACUCGGGAAGCUGAUUCUUUCAUCACCCCCAAAGCAGCUCACUCCCCGUUUGACCCUUUUUCUGCCCCCUGUCCUGCUACCUCUCGCUCUGCCCCCUGCUCCACCAAUGGCAGCCCCUCUCUGUCGGGCUUAAGGGUGGUCCCCUCGUGUCAGCCGAACUCACCCUUCAUUGACCUGACAUGGCUGGGGCCCAGGACACCCCUGAACUGCAUCGCCAAAGAGUCAUGCCAGAGCAGACCUCUGCUGCCAGCCAUCCGGCCCUGGAAGUCCCCGACACUGGGAAACGACCAGUUCUGAGCCAGGCAUCCUUCCCUUUGUGAGGAGCAGGUCUCUGCUGCGGGAGACAGACGAGGGAGUUUGGCGUGAACAGCCAGGUCUGCAAGUUCCCACCAAAGAGGAGGAUUCUUCGGGUCCCAAGCUGCUAUGCCGAGUCUGUUCAAACCCCCUCUAUUCCUUCCGGGAAACCCCCCUUUAUAUUGUGAUGGUUUUCCUGAUCCACAGCUCCGGGUGUUAAUGUGCAUGGGAUUCCCCCUGGGAAAUAUUUACUGGUGUUUGGGAAAAACUUAACAAUAAUCAUAAUUUCAUAAAAGUGUUGGAAAGCUUUCAUGUGUGUAAAGUGGGUUGGUCUAUAACUGCAGAGAUAAAUUGCUAUUAAAAAUGAAUUAAGUACAUUUUUAAAGGGUACCUCAGGUUGUUCUAUGAACGUUUCUUUGUGCUACAGUUAUGAGUAAUCAAUAAAUGCUUGAAGAGUGUUUUACAUCUCUUUACAAGCAUUUUAGGUUGUAGGGUGAUAUAGAGCCUGUAGAAAAUAUCAAGUGUCAUAUGACAAGAAUAAUAAAUUCUUGCCACAUGUAUCAAAGUAAUUUCCCCGAUAACACCAUAAAAUUCCUCAAUCCAAUGUCCAAGAAAUGAGAAAUUAAAGUAGCACUCUAGAUGGGAAUAUGAGCCCUCAAACAAUUUUGAAAUGAGGCUAAUAGGGCAAGGGUUUGCACUAUAACUAGAGAAUUACUUUCCAAUUUACCCUUAGACAGAGAGGCUAGCAAAUUCAGAAGGUCCUGUGUUAUUGACUAAGAGCCUGAAAAUGAUGCAUUGCACAUUCAUUUUGCUGAAGAUUGUGAAACUCUGGGCCAGCGGUGUCCGCUGCAGUCACCUGGUCGUCUUUUCUGCUACCCAGCCGCAGUCAUUCCUUUAAGGUGCUUGCUCUCUAGGUCCCCUGUGUUUAAUCUGUUUAUCACCGCAGUUUUGAGGCAAAAAUCAUCUCCUCCUUGCCCUUGAUAAGCAAGCAUCUGUACAUUUGUUGUUUUAAAGAAGUAUUGCAGAAUUUUGAGUUUUACACUGAAACUUUCCAUCUGCAGUGAUAGAAGUUUUUCAGCUGUGCAGACAAUGUUAGAUACAAUACUAAAAUACUCUUUUUCGAGGCCAGAGUGGUUCUUUGGUUUUUCUCAUUCAGAUUUGAUCUACUUGGAUUUUUUUAAAGGAGAACUGUCAUAUAACCCAUUUAAGGCAAAAUAUCUGGUAUAACUUCAACAUUAAUACAAAACUAACACCUUCAUAGGGUCCUUUUAUGUUCAGCCAAAGUUCUAUCUAAUUAAUGCCAAACUACUCCUUUGGAAGGUGUCCUUUAACCCUCUACCCAGUGCAAGGUGUACGUACUGCCCUGUGAUGUAUGUUCGAGCCACAGAACAAGGCUGGCUGAGACCAGACUGCAGCUCAGGCAUGCUGGAAGUUGAUAUACUGCAGCCAGUUUCAGGAAAGGGAAUCUUCUCAGAAAGUGUCCCAUUGUAUACUGUGUAUAUACAAUGCAAAGCCUAAAGUACCAUGGUACCAAUUAUUAUGUCACACAGGUCAACAGAUAAAGACAAACAUACAGUAUAUGCACAUAAAUCUUCUCAUAAUCCCAGCAUUAACGUCCAGGCAAAUUCAGGUGUGUUUGCCUAAAUUUAUUUACUUUGGGAUGAUCAAUAAUUUCUAGACAAUGUGCAGAUGCCUGUAGUUUUUGCAAUACUUUUUUAAGAACAAAGACAUGUUUGCAUUUGGAGAAAAAAUGAAAUAAUCAAGUUGGUGGAGCUGCCUCAGCAUUAAAAGGAGCUAAAGAGAUGAACACAUUGCUAUUAUGAUGAGAUUGCACAUUUGCCCAAUAACUGGGAUGAGCAUAAAUGAUGUAAAUGUGUGUUCUGAACAUGCAUCAAGGAUGACCAUUGGCCAUUUUCUUAGGCUUUUGACAUGAGACUGAGACAAUCUGCGUUUUGUGUAAUGACUCACAUCAUAGUUCAUUGACAUACUCAAGGCUUCUGCAGAGUUUGCCAGCAAUGAACCAAAGAACAAGGGCUGAAUCUCAUCUGCCUCCAUUUGUUUGAGAAGCUCUUGAGCUAUGGUGCAUCAUUUGGUGGGAGUUUUUGUGUUUUUUAAUGUUUUAUUGAUUUCCAGCUUAACUGUUCUUGGUUCUGCGGUUUCGGUGCUACGCAAAAUUUUAUUUGGCUCAUUAAUAAAUAUGAUUUGGUCCUUCUUGUCACCCUUAGCAACGGAGGCCCAGGGGUUUGAUUGCUUAGAGAGAGAAAACACUGUUAAUAUUAGUCCCUGAUUACUGUACGGUAAGCUGUGGUUUAAUAGGCUUUCUCACACCCAUUUCUGCUACAAAGUUGGGCUUUCAUGGUUACCACUAAAAUAUGGUGACCACUAAAAGAUGAGGGACUGCUUUUACAUGCAGUACUUUAGGCUCGUACUAUUCACCUGCCUCCCUGAGGAAUUUAUUUGGGUAUCUAAGCCACUACUUUGUGUUCACACAAGAUGAAGUACCCAAGUAAAUCACAACAAUCAGUUCUCCAUUCCCUUAAGUCUUCUGACUGCCUUGCACCUGUCUCUGUGCAUCGUGAUUGUGAUGCAAUGUCAGUGGUGACAAUGGGCUGUGUCUCCUUUGGCUUUCAGCACUGAAGCUAAAAUAUUUCCGGGUCACAGGGGAUAGUUUUAGCUGCAGGUGAGGUGGUUGGCCGCUGGCUAUGUGUGUAGGGGUCCGUCUUUGUUUCACUGAUAGAGAGCCCUGUACCAAAUAGUUUAAAAAACAAGAUAUAGGGGUAUUUCUGUAAUUAGUAGAAAGACCCUGUUUUAAUCCCUCAUUUUUCCCUGGAUUUUUACUUGCUACCUGUAAAUUGAUCAAAAUUGCAUGUUUUUGUCCAGAACAAGAUUCCUGCAGAAUGCUUUGUAUUUUAUAGUAAAAAAACUGAAUGGCAAUAACAGUCUUUAAACUAUGGAGCCCCGGAAGGAACCUGUGCAAAAAAAUAAAAUAAUGUUUUGUGAGCGCUCGCAAAAGUAACUUGUGCACAGGCGAAGGUAACAUUAUUUGAUUUUUUUGCACAGGUCCCUUCAGGGGCUCCGUAUUAAACCUGUAAUUAGUUACAUUUAGCAUUUAAAUAUUUAUUUAAUGACUUGUGUAGUGGGGUCUGGAUGAAAUCUGAAACAGUGAUUACCUCAUUGCUCUUUUGCAGCGAUGUACACAUACAUAGUGUUGCAGAGGCAUAUACUGUACAUAGUCGUAACCAUUGUGACGUCCUCUCUGCAUCACUCUAACUGUAAGCCAUCCUUCCAUCGACUCUCAGUCCCUCUGUGGCAUUUGAUGUGAUGACAAGGAGAAUUAUUCUGGCCAUUGCUGUGAAUAAGUUUAACUUGCCACCAAGUGAGCUGUAAGGAAUGAAAGCACAAUUUUGGAGCAAAACUUGUGUUUAAACAGCCUUUAAACUUUCAACCUCUACAAUGCAUCCUUUUUUAUUUUUUGCUAGUUCUACAUUUGAAAGAGAGUUCUUUAUUCCUUUUCACUCCAAUUUGUUGCUUAUUGGCAUUAAUUAAUCAGCUUUUUAAAUUAACUUUAUGGGUAACUAAUCCUUAAAGGGUUUAACCCCAGUUCCUGUUUUGAUUUUGGCUGCUUAUCUCCUGUUUUGGGCCACAUGACCAAACCACUAAUGCUUUUCUGUGAUAUCUUAUGUCAUCCUGCUUGAAGGUAGAGAACAGCUGUGUGCCCUGGUGCUUUUUUAAUGACUGAUGUCAAGAGCAGCAGAAUUAAGCCCCCCCAGAGGAAGAAUUUCGGAAGAACGGUAGUUUGAUAUUUAUAGACUGGCCAAUAGUCAAACUUGGGGAAAAUGGAGAAUAGGCUAUUCCAGGCUUGUCUUUUUUAUUCGUUCCUAAGAUACUUGAAUUAAUUGUAUUCUUUGGUCAUUACGUGCACUGUAAAAUGCUGUAGGAAAGUAUUUUCCUUUCUACAGCACUGGACGAAUGCAAUCUUCAGGUUUUCAAACAAUAACAGUAAACAUUCGCAUUGUUGUCGCAGGGAGGGUUAAAAGGAUAAGUUAACGAUAACCCAUACACUGGAGUAAGAAGGCCACAGAUACAUUACUGCCUCUUGUUUUUUAAUAACUUUUUUGUAUUUUAAUUUUUACUUCACUGGAUUUUCUAAACACAUAUCUGUGGGUGUCUGUCUGGGAGGUAUCUUGCCAGUGCUGUUCUCUGUUUUCAGUUAUAGUGCCACAUUGAUUUUCAGUGUUUUUCUUUUAUGAAGCACAACAGUAAUGCAUUGUGCUCCAGUAUAAUUUUUAGAUUCCUGCAAUGAGAAAUGUUGCAUGAAAUGAACAAGCUGACAGGCACCCUUUAUGAACUGUUUGUGAUGCAUGUAAUACACCACUGGGGGGCAGUGGUGCACUGUCCUUUCCUAAAGCCGACGUACUGGCGGAAUGGGCAGGACAGGUGUGAUGACUGCAUCAACUCAGCACUGCCUAAGUUUCUUCCUUUGACAGUCUUAUUUUAUUUUGUGAAUCUAGGCUAUAUAAAAGAUUAUGUUGCAGCUUAUAAGAGCCUGUAUAAUGACUUUAUAGAUUUAUUUAGAAAUGUCCUUUGGUGGGCUUUGAGGGCCAUGUUAAUUGUUCCAGUUUGUUUUGUGUUUGUGGAAUUUCACACUGGGCUGGGCCUAAUCAACUCUGUGUAUUUGUGUGUCUGUGUUUAUGUGCGUGUGUAAAUGUUGAAAAUAAACAUUUUAACAUGUGGAAGAUACUGAAAAGAUACAAAGACCAAAUAAAAUUUAACUCAAAUGAUAAAA